GCAACACUGCUUGAACAGCUGUUUUAAAAUGUCAAAAAGUUCGCCGUGUGGAAUUUGGCAAUUUUUAUAGGAAUUUUGGUUGGUCUAGAUCUCCGGCAAACCCACAACAACUAACAAAAAUGCCUAACGAUUCGCUUGACUUAAGGAAACAUUUAACUCAAUGCAAGUGACAAAAAGCAUACAAAAGCAAAAAACACAAAGCACGCAACGCCUACAACAACAAAAGCAACAGCAGCAGCGCAAAAAUUAAGCGUCUGGCAGCAGACGGCGGCGCUUCAGCUCGAAUUUCAGCAGCGACAACAGCAAUUGCAACAUGAAAUUACUCGGGAAAUACGUGGAUAAGGGCAUGCAGGGCAAUGUAACCCUCGUGCCCGAGGAGCCUGAGGACAUGUGGCACGCCUACAACCUAAUUGCUGAGGGCGACAGCGUGCGCAGCACCACAAUACGCAAAGUGCAGAAUGAAACGGCAACAGGCUCAUCGACGAGCAGCCGUGUGCGCACCACUCUGACCAUUGCCGUGGAGGCCAUCGACUUUGAUACUCAGGCCUGUGUGCUGCGUCUGAAGGGGCGCAACAUUGAGGAGAAUCAGUUCGUCAAAAUGGGCGCCUAUCAUACGCUCGAUCUGGAAUUGAAUCGCAAAUUUGAGCUGCGCAAACCCGAGUGGGAUACGAUAGCACUGGAGCGCAUUGACAUGGCCUGCGAUCCCACCCAAUCUGCGGAUGUGGCUGCUGUCGUUAUGCAGGAAGGCUUGGCGCAUGUCUGCCUCAUUACGGCCAGCAUGACGCUGGUGCGCAGCAAAAUCGAGGUGUCCAUACCGCGAAAGCGCAAGGGCUAUGUACAACAGCACGAGAAGGGUCUGGCCAAGUUCUACGAGCAAGUCAUGCAAAGCAUAUUGCGUCAUGUCAAUUUCGAAAUAGUCAAGUGUGUGCUGAUUGCCUCGCCGGGCUUUGUGCGCGAUCAGUUCUACGACUAUAUGUUCCAACAGGCGGUCAAAAUGGACUAUAAAGUGCUGCUGGAUAACAAGAGCCGAUUCAUGCUGGUUCAUGCAUCCUCCGGCUUUAAGCACUCUCUAAAGGAGGUGUUGCAAGAUCCCGCUGUGGUGGCCAAAAUGUCCGAUACGAAAGCCGCUGGUGAGGUUAAAGCACUGGAACAGUUCUACAUGAUGCUGCAGUGCGAACCAGCCAAAGCCUACUAUGGCAAAAAGCAUGUCCUGCGCGCUGCUGAGGCACAAUCCAUAGAAACUUUGCUCAUUUCGGACAAUCUGUUUAGAUGCCAAGACGUUAAUCUCAGGAAAGAAUAUGUCAACUUAGUUGAAUCGGUGCGCGAUGCUGGCGGCGAGGUGAAAAUAUUCUCCAGCAUGCAUAUAUCGGGAGAACAACUCGCUCAGCUGACGGGCGUGGCGGCUAUUCUGCGUUUCCCUAUGCCCGAACUGGAGGAUAGCGACGAUGAUGACGAUGAUGAUGGUGCGGCGGGCGGCGAUAAUAGCGAUAGCGAUUAAGUACUAUAUCCUAAAGAUCCCAUAGCAUUUUAUUUCAAACGAUUUAUUGGACUUACUCGAGAACAAAAGCGGCGAACGCAAGACUCGUGCAGCAGUUUUUAAAAACAUACAAGCAAAUGAAAAAAAAAAUAACCGAAAAACAUAUAAUUAUA